CCAUCCCCAGCAGCAUGCUGGAGCCGCUCCCCUCUGCUGCCACGCCGGACUCAGAGGCAGACCCACAGACACCAUGAAGAGCCUGCUCCCUCUGGCCAUCCUGGCUGCGCUGGCCAUGGCAGCCCUGUGCUACGAAUCUCACGAAAGCAUGGAGUCCUAUGAAAUCAGUCCCUUCAUCAACAGGAGGAAUGCCAACACCUUUAUGUCCCCUCAGCAGAGAUGGCAGGCUAAAAUCCAAGAGAAGGUCCGAGAACACAACAAACCCACCCACGAGAUCAACAGGGAAGCCUGUGACGACUACAAGUUGUGUGAGCGCUAUGCCAUGGUCUACGGGUACAGCGCUGCCUACAACCGCUACUUCAGGCAGCGCCGAGGAGCCAAAUGAGCAAAGAAACGACAACUGUGCUCCGGAGUCUCGUUUAAUAUCCCCCUGCCGCAGCAUUACCGAAGUACGCAGACACACACACAUUGCUUGUUCCCUACAUCAUCUCCUGGCUGGCUGGGCCACUCCUUCCCUGCCCCAGGUUGAAAGUUAUGAAAGAACAGUGUUAAGAAACGUUGUUUGUAUAUAAUUAAAUUCUGGUUUAAUACUUUCA